AUGCCGCGCCUUACGUCACGUCGCCGCAGGCGCUCUGAUACAGGAGACGCAGAGGAUAGCGGCGAUGUCUGGAAUGGCUUUGGGUCGCAAGCUUCCGAUUCGUCCAAGCGGCGACGGCUUGAUUCCGAAUCAGACUCGGAUGGAGAUACUGGACCAUCGGCCCCGAGUGCAGGACUGGUGAAUGGCGUAUCGAACGGCGACAUCAUGCAGGAUUUUCAACCUGGUGCCAUUGUGCGUGUGUCGGUUCAAAAUUUCGUCACUUACGAAAAGGCAGAGUUCUUUCCGGGACCACAUCUAAACAUGGUCAUCGGCCCCAACGGUACUGGCAAGAGCUCGCUCGUUUGCGCCAUUUGUCUUGGUCUGGGCUAUAGUCCGAAACACCUGGGACGCGCAGGAUCCGUCAAGGAGUUUGUCAAGCACGGAAAGGACAUAGCAACCAUCGAGAUCGAACUGCAGAAGAAGCCCAGGGACCGCAGCAACUACGUCAUCAAAGUGCAGAUCCGACGCGAACAAAACAGCCAAAAGUGGUGGUUGAACGGAAAAGAAACGAGCCAUAAGAAAAUACAGGAGCUGAUGAAGUCAAUGAAGAUCCAGGUCGACAAUUUGUGCCAGUUCCUGCCCCAGGACCGCGUCGUUGAAUUCGCCGCCUGUACGCCCAUUGACCUUCUCCACGAGACUCUUCGUGCUGCAGCUCCGGAAGAAAUGCUCCUGUGGCAGAGCCAGCUGCAAGAAAUGCACAAGGAAAAGAAGGGGUUGGCCGACGCCGUCCACUCUGAUGUCGAUGCACUGAGAAUCUUGGAGAAUCGCCAGCAAGGUCUUCAAGCAGAUGUGGAUAGAAUCCGCGAAAGAGAAGAAAUCCAAGAAAAAGUCGAGAACCUGCAGUCAGCCUUGGUCUUCGCCAACUACUCAGAAGCACGAGAAAACCACAGCAAAGCUAGAGACCGGAAGAAGGAGGCAGAACGAACCUUGCAGCGGCUAGAGUCCGAAAGCGGACCAUCCCUUGAGGCUGUCAAUAUGAAACAAGAAUAUGCUCAGCAAGUACGGGCUGUAGUACCAGCCAAGGAGAGGGCCCUCAAAGAUGCCGAGAAUGCUGUACAGAGUGCUGCCCGCGACAUCCACGGCGCGGCGGAAUUGGUCAAAGAAAUGAACAACAGGCUAGAGGCUGAGCGGAAAGGGUUCGAAUCGAAAAAAAAGGACCUGGCCGCUUCAAGGUCGAAAAUCACAGCGUUUCAGGCGGAUCUCAAGAACAGGCCAACCGACUUCAACGCUGCUGAUUGGAACCAGAAAAUCCGUGCCGAGGAACACAACUUGAGAGAGAUGGAGGGAGAGCAACGCCAGGUGUCAGCAGACAGAGAUGCGACCAAAGAGCGGGUAAGGCCUAUGAACGUCGACAUUCGCAAAAUCAAGACGGAUAUCGAUGCUUUCGAUACUCAGCAGGGUCAGCAAAUGUCCCUUAUGCGCAAGCAGUUCCCCGAAGCCUCAAAUGGCUGGGAAUGGAUAAAGGAACACCAAAAUGAAUUUGAGAAGGAGGUAUUCGGGCCUCCAAUGAUCAGCUGUUCCAUGAAGGAUGAGCGGUACGCGGACCAAGUACAGGCUCUCCUCCAAAUGGACGACCUACUAUGCUUUACCGCGCAGACAAAAAAUGACUACAAGAAGCUUACUGACCAGCUGUAUCGAGUAAUGAGUUUGUCGGUUGUGGUUCGAACCUGUUCAAACCCUCUAUCUGCAUUCAAAGCUCCUGUUGAUCGUGCUCAAAUGGCCGAGCUUGGAUUAGAUGGAUUUGCCAUUGACUAUCUAGAUGGACCGGAGCCCGUGUUGGCGAUGCUUUGCUCGGAGAAGCGACUACACAUGUCGGGGGUUUCUCUCAAUGACCACAAUGAGCAAGCUUACGACAGGCUCAUCAACAAUGGCAAAAUCAACCAAUGGGCAGCUGGAAGACAAUCAUUCACGAUCCGCCGUCGCAGAGAAUACGGUCCCCAGGCCAUGACGACGAUUACUAAGAACAUUCAGAAGGGACGAUUUUGGACGUCGCAGCCGGUAGACAUGCAAGAGAAGAGGGAAAUGGAGCGACGACUAACGGAAUUACAAGGCGAGAAAGGUGCACUCAAAGAAGAGCAUGACAGGCUCCAACAGAAACUCGACACCAUUGAGGAGCAGAAGAAAGAGAUUUCUGAGAAGAUUACCGCAUUACGGAAUGAGAAGAGCGCGUUGCAAAAAGAGUUCCAAAAGUGGCAGAGCCUACCCGUGAAGAUAGAAUCAGAAGAGCGGCAAAAAGCCAUGCACGAGGAAGCCAUGAGAGACGCUAGAAAGAACAUGCAGGAGAUUCAGUAUGAAUGGGACAAGGCGGUUCUUGAACGCGCAAAGCUCGUUAUAAAACACAAGAAGCUCACCGACAAGAUCCGCGAAGCACACCUGGCUCUAAUCGAGGCAAAAAUCUGGCUCAUCGAAGCGAAUUCCGAUGUUGAGGGCCUCAAGGAGCGCAAUGCUAGUAUCAUGGCCCAGCUGGAGGAGGAGAGGCGGAACGUACAGGUAGCUACAGAGGAGACAAAUCGCACCAAGGAAAUUGGGCGCCGACUGGGCGAAGAUGUUAGGGAACUCAUCUCCAGGGAUCCGGACAGACGCGACUUGUAUACGCAACUCGCUGAAGGCAAGUCACCUCAUGAAGUUGAGCUGGAAAUGGCAGCCGAGGAAGCCAAGCUUGAGCUCAUCCACGCCGCCAACCCGAAUGUGAUUCGAGAGUUUGAACGUCGCGCGGAGGAAAUCACCCGACUGAAGCACAAGAUGGAGGGGGCCAACGAGAAGCUCGAGACACUGAACAGGCAGCUUGCGCGGGUAAUGAGCAAAUGGGAGCCCAAGCUGGAAGAGCUCGUGUCCCAAAUCAACGACGCCUUUGCGUACAACUUUGAGCAGAUCAGCUGCGCGGGCGAGGUGCGCGUGCACAAGGAAGAGGACUUUUCACAGUGGGCUCUCGACAUCAUGGUCAAGUUUCGGGAAAACGAAGCGCUGCAGCAACUGACGGCACAUCGCCAAUCCGGCGGCGAACGAGCCGUGUCGACGAUUUUCUAUCUCAUGGCGCUCCAGUCUCUGGCGCAAUCGCCGUUUCGCGUGGUGGACGAGAUCAACCAGGGCAUGGAUCCUCGCAACGAACGCAUGGUUCACGAGCGCAUGGUGGAGAUUGCGUGCCGCGAACACACGAGCCAGUAUUUUCUGAUCACGCCCAAGCUGCUCACUGGGUUGCGGUACGAUCCCAAGAUGAGGGUGCUGUGUAUCGCGAGCGGAGAGUACAUGCCCAAGGAGGGGAGGAAGGUGGACUUUGCGCGAUGUUUGAAGAUUCAGAAGAGGCUGAUGGCUGCUGGAUGA